AUGGGGAUAUUAAGUCGUAAACUAGUCAUAUUUAUGACUUUAUUUGAAUUAGUUGCAAUUAUUCUGUUUGCUGUAUUUGUGAGAUUUGAUAAGGUUGCUUUACCAGGAUCGCUCGCAGUAUCGAUUCCUGGAGUCACUUAUGCUAUGUUUCAGGAUAUCCAUGUUAUGAUCUUUAUCGGUUUUGGCUUCUUGAUGACCUUUUUGAAAAAGUAUUCCUUCAGUAGUGUCGGAUUCAAUUUACUGCUCGCCUCUUUCGUAAUCCAAUGGUCGACUCUUAUGUUGGGAUUUUGUCAUCAUUGGUCUAAUUUUAGUAUCAUUACCAUCAAAACAGAGGAUUUAAUCGGCUCUGAUAUCUGUGCCGCUGCAGUCCUGAUCUCUUUUGGAGCUGUGCUCGGCAAGACAUCACCAUUGCAAUUAAUGGUCAUGGCACUCCUUGAAGUUAUAUUUUAUGCUGUCAACGAAACUAUAUGCUUUCAGUAUCUAAAAAUUAGUGAUAUGGGUGGAUCUAUCGUUAUUCAUGCUUUUGGAGCUUACUUUGGUCUGGCAGUCGCGCUAGUAAUGAACAAAAAAGAGGCAGUUGAUAAUCCAAACGAAGGAUCUUCUUAUCAAUCGGAUUUAUCAGCAAUGAUCGGUACUGUCUUUCUUUGGAUAUUUUGGCCUGGCUUUAAUGCAGGCUUAGCAUCAGGAGAUCAGCAACAGCGAGCUGUCUUUAAUACUUACUUUGCAUUAGCAGCUUGCACAUGCACUAGCUUUGUUAUAAGCUCGCUUAUUGAUCGUGAAGGAAGAUAUCGAAUGGUACACGUACAAAAUUCCACUUUAGCUGGAGGUGUUGCCGUUGGUGCUUCUGCAAAUAUGCUUUUGCCUAUUUGGCUAAGCAUGCUAACGGGUAUCAUUGCCGGUAUCAUCAGCGUCAUUGGAUACGACUAUAUUACGCCUUUUUUGGCUAAGAAACGAAUUCAUGACACAUGUGGUGUGAAUAAUUUGCAUGGUAUGCCAGCCUUGAUUGCCGCAAUACUUAGCAUCAUUAUGGCAUCAUUGGCCCAUUUUAAUCAAUACGAACAAAGGCAAGUUCGUCGGGAUUAUAAUUUUAACAAUUCAAUUUCUGAUAGCUAUAUAGUGACGAAAUUUGGCUGA